AUGACAAUGCUAAUGAUGGAAAGGCUAAUAACCAACACCACGCGCAAACCCCAAGAGCUGGCCCUCCCCGAGAAAGACCGUUCGCCGCAGUCCGAGCCCCAGAUGUUCCUGCAGCCGAAGAGGAUAUCCGACGACUCGCGGGAUGUGGAGAUGUGCGACAAGUCCGACGAGGAGGACCUCAACGUGGACGUGGAGAGCGACGACACGCUGUGCCCCGUGGAUCUGACCCGGAGACAAGACAAGUUCUUCGAGGGGUUCGUGCCCUCCUCGCACAAGACUGACUUCAGCAGUGAUUUCAAUAGUUUUAAGGAAGACGCCAAGCGGUCGGAGAGUGUUUGCAGUGACGUGAGUAGGUCGGAGAGCCCCAGAGACCCGAGCCCGUCGGUAGUGCCCCACCAGAAUAGACGGUUGGCGUUCUCGGUGGAGAACAUCCUGGACCCUAACAAGUUUACCGGUAGACAAUCUGUUUAUAGUGACGGGAUCUGUUGUUGGAAGCCGCUGGACGGGGCGAGAGGGUCGCCGGAUUACGAGGAGAGCGAUACAGGGAAAGAGCACCAGUCCGACGACGAGGAUGACAUGCAGAGCGACAUCAGCGAGGACCUGAAAGACCCCUCCAAGAAGAAGAAAAGCGACUCCAAGUCCCAAAGCGCGGGAAAACCCAGAAGGGCACGAACGGCGUUCACCUACGAGCAACUAGUGGCUUUGGAGAACAAAUUCAAAACCACCAGGUACCUAAGUGUGUGCGAAAGACUCAAUCUAGCUUUAAGUUUAAGUCUCACCGAGACCCAGGUGAAGAUAUGGUUCCAAAAUAGACGGACGAAGUGGAAGAAGCAGAACCCAGGCAUGGACGUCAACUCGCCUACGGUGCCGCCGCCUAGCGUAGGGUCUGGGGGGAGUUUUCCUGGGUUCCCCGGGCACCACACGCAUUCUGGUUUGCUGUAUUCCCACCAUGUUCCGUACGGGGGAGUUUACCCCCUUCAGGCUACGAGUUCUGGUAGUUAUACGCCGUAUUUUCACUUGGCCAAUCAUGGGCAUAAUUUGGGGUCUUGA